CAAGUAAUUAGCGAGAGCUCUCCUAAACACUGUGAAUUCCCAAUUCUCAUUCACUCGAUCGCCGACAGGGUAUCAUAUUUGAGGUCGAUACCUUGGUAAUGUCGGUGUCUCCGACAGGCGGCCCAGGAGUUCUUAUCCCUCAUACAGAAGCUCCAUUGGACCCUGCUAGCAUCGCGACGGCACCAUGAACAUUUCUCAACCCGUUUCUUCCGCCAUCGAGUCGGUGGAAUUCACGUUUCUCACCGACUCGGAGAUCCGAUCGAUAUCCGUCAAGCGCAUUGAAAAUGAAAACACGUUCGACAACCUACUGAACCCCGUCCCGGGUGGUCUCUACGAUCCCGCACUUGGCUCAUGGGCAGACUCAAUAUGCGCUACCUGCAACCUGAGCCAAUCUUCAUGUCCUGGUCACCCGGGUCACAUAGAACUAUCUGUGCCCGUGUACCAUCCCGUCUACCUGGACCAGGUUCUCCGCCUCCUUCGAUCCCAAUGCGCAUACUGCAAAGGCUUCCGUAUGCCCCAUCGCGAUGUCCACCUUUACACUUGCAAGUUGCGUCUUCUUCAACAUGGUCUGAUACAUGCCGCCCGAGUCAUCGACGCCAUCGGCGAAAACCUGAAGGGUCUGGCGCUUCCCGGCGUCCCUCAGGAGGAGAGCGAAGCCGAAGAAGAGGGAAGCAGUGUCGAUUCGGUCUCGAGAGCUCGGGAAUCGUUUGUCAGGCGUCACCUCAGAUCAACCGCGAGCCAGCUCAGCAUGGGGGAUCUGCGAAAGGGCAAACACGAGGGCGCCCUCGAGAUGCGAAGGGAAGUCAUCAAGGAUUUUAUGAACGCCAUUGCCAAGGCAAAAAAAUGCGGCGCUUGCGGCGGUAUCUCGCCUGCUUAUCGGAAAGACGCCUACGUCAAGAUCUUCGAGAAGGCUCUUUCGGAGAAAGAUGCGCACAAAAUGGCCCAGCAAAACCUCAGGGCGAAGGACGCCAUGGCUACAGUCGUGACGCCUGCCAAAGCCAAGGCCAAGGGCAGGCCGAACAGCUACAAUUCCGACGAAGGAGUGGCCGAUGUCGAAGCAUCUUCUGACUCUGGCUCCGGGCAAGACGUGGAAACGGGCGGGAUGGAAUCAGACGACAGCGAGCAACCAGCCCCCCGGAAGAGUACGGCUAAAGAGCCAUCCUCGACGACGAGACGGCAACGGUACCUCAGCGUGAUGGAAGUACGCGAGCGCCUGAGGGAGCUCUUCGAUAAAGAGCAGGAGGUUCUUGCCCUGGUGUACAACAGCAAACCACCCAAGAAGAAGGCGGGACCAGUCUCGCCAGAUAUGUUCUUCGUGCAGACCCUUCUGGUUCCGCCGAAUAAGUUCCGCCCGGAAGCUCGCACUGGCGACUCGCAGAUUGCCGAGGCCCAGCAGAACAGCCUGUACAAGAACGUCCUCCGAGCGUCCGCGACAAUUGCACGCGUCCAUCAGACCAUGGGACAAGCGGCUCAGAGCGGCCGGAUUCGGACCAUGAGCGACCUCCACCAGGCCUGGACUGAGCUCCAACACGCCGUCAACUCGCUGAUUGACAAAGAUAGAAACCCCAUCAUCGGAGCUGCGGCAAAGAGGAAUGAGGAGGGCAUCAAGCAGAUCCUGGAGAAGAAAGAGGGCCUCUUUCGGAAGAACAUGAUGGGCAAGCGUGUCAACUUCGCCGCCCGCAGUGUCAUCUCCCCCGAUCCCAACAUCGAGACCAACGAAAUCGGCGUGCCCCCGGUCUUUGCACGGAAGCUGACGUAUCCGGAACCUGUGACGAGCCACAACUUCAGAGACAUGCAACAGGCUGUCAUCAACGGCGUGGAUAAAUGGCCGGGCGCGGCUGCGAUCGAGUACGAGAACGGCCAGAUCACCAACCUCCGCGGGAAGUCCGCAGACGAGCGCGUCUCGCUGGCAAAUCAGCUUCUCGCGCCGUCAGAUGCCCUCGCCAGCGGCGUCAAGAACAAGAAAGUGUACAGGCAUCUUACCAAUGGCGACGUUGUGUUGAUGAACCGGCAGCCUACGCUCCACAAACCCUCCAUCAUGGGCCAUCGCGUUCGGGUGCUUCCGGGCGAAAAGACGAUCCGCAUGCACUACGCCAACUGUAAUACGUACAACGCCGAUUUCGACGGAGACGAAAUGAAUAUGCACUUUCCCCAGAACGAGGUGGCCAGGGCCGAGGCGCUCCAGAUUGCGGACACGGACCAUCAGUAUCUCUCGGGCACCGCAGGGAAGCCUCUGCGAGGUCUGAUCCAGGAUCAUAUCUCGGUCUCCGUGGCCCUAUGCAGCAAGGACGCGUUCUUCCACCGAGCGGACUACAUGCAACUCAUCUACGCCGCCUUGCGGCCAGAGAGCGGACACAUUCUGGGCGAACGUAUCGAACUGGUACCGCCAGCCGUCCUCAAGCCGGUCCCGAGGUGGACGGGCAAGCAAGUCAUUACGACAAUCCUCAAGAACAUCAAGCCGCCGAAUGGAGAAGGAGUCUGGAUGAGCGGUAAGACGCAAGUACCGGCCGAUCGCUGGGGCGAGCAUUCCGAAGAGGGCGCAGUGCUGUUCCAGAAUGGCCAAUUCAUCCACGGCAUCCUGGAUAAGGCGCAUUUGGGGCCGAGCUCAGGCGGUUUCAUUCAUUCGAUUCACGAAGUUUACGGUCCUGCCAUCGCUGGCAAACUUCUCAGCGCCCUGGGGAGGCUUCUGACCCGGUUCCUGAACAUGCGCGCUUUCACAUGCGGCAUGGACGACCUGAGACUCACGCCGGAAGGCGAGCAGACCAGGCGGGAAGUCCUGAAGCAAGCUGCAGACAUCGGUCUCGAAGUGGCGGCCAAAUACGUCUCGCUCGAGGACGCCAAGCCUACCGACACGGACGCGGAGCUCUUGACCCGACUGGAGGAAGUCAUGCGCGACGACAACAAGCAGGAAGGUCUCGAUCUGCUCAGCAACCAGAGAAGCGGACAGCUCUCUUCCGCCGUGACGAAGGCGUGCCUUCCCAAGGGUCUGGUCAAGCAAUUCCCCAAGAACCAGAUGCAGGCCAUGACGAUUUCCGGUGCCAAGGGAGGAGCAGUCAACGCCAACCUCAUCUCUUGUAACCUCGGGCAGCAGGUUCUGGAGGGCAGGAGAGUUCCGGUGAUGGUCAGCGGCAAGACCCUGCCCUGUUUCCGACCGUUCGAGUCCCACGUUCGGGCUGGCGGUUACAUUGUCAACAGGUUCUUGACCGGUAUCCGGCCGCAAGAGUACUAUUUCCAUCACAUGGCUGGCCGCGAGGGCCUCAUCGAUACCGCCGUCAAGACGUCCAGGUCCGGAUACCUGCAACGGUGUCUCAUCAAGGGCAUGGAAGGUUUACGGGUAUCGUAUGACUCGACCGUCCGAGACGCCGACGGGACUCUCGUGCAGUUCCUCUACGGAGAAGACGGCCUCGACGUGACCAAGCAGAAGUACUUGACGGACUUUAGCUUCGUGCUGCGCAACAUCGGAUCCGAGUCGGCGCAGCUGAACUUUGGAAGCAAUUUCAAGGAGAUGUUUGCGGAGACCAAGGACGAGAUUGUGCGCCACAUGAAGAGCGCGAUCAAGCACGCGAAACUGAAUCAUCCCAACGCAAAGGACCCCGUCAACUCCAUGGUUAACCCUGCCCGGAUAGCGUUUGCCACGUCGGAGAAGUUCUACGAGGCGAUGACCAAAUACAUCAAGGAGAACAAGGACGGUCUGAUCAAAGAGAAGGGCGACAAGGAGAAGGGCGGUGGCCGCGGCUCUUCCUCGCUCAUUCCGAGCGUGGGCAAGAAGUCGGCGGAGCUCGUACUGGCGGCCAAGUACAUGCGGUCCCUUGUCGAACCUGGCGAGGGCGUCGGCAUCGUGGCCGGUCAGAGUGUGGGUGAACCGUCGACGCAGAUGACCCUGAACACGUUCCAUUUGGCAGGUCAUUCUGCCAAGAACGUCACGCUGGGUAUCCCUCGUCUUCGAGAAAUUCUCAUGACCGCCAGUCGGACCAUCUCGACGCCUGCCAUGACCAUCUUCCCGAACGAGGAGCUCACCCAGGCGGAAUGCGAGAUGUUCACCAAAUCCAUCAGCGUCCUCCCCAUGGCCCACGUGUUGGACAAGGCUGUUGUUCAUGAGCGCAUGGGCAAGGGCAGGGACGGAGGCCUGCAUAAGUUCUACGACGUACGGCUCACGUUCUUCCCGGCGGAGGAGUACACCAAGGCGUACGCCAUUGAGGUUGCGGACGUUCUCACGGCCGUGGAGAAGAAGUUCCUUGAUCACCUUGUCAAGUUCAUGUUGAGGGAUGUCAGGAAGAAGAUGGUGCCGCUGAGCGCCGCCGCGCCGGCCGUCGGCACCAAGUCCGGCGUGGUGGAGAUGGCUACGGGAACAGGCGGAGCGGCAAGAGCUGCACUCGACGACGACGGCGGCGACGACGACGACGACGAGGGUGAUGGUGACGCCACCAAUGUCAAGGCGCGGGUGAACCGCUCCGAGGCGGUGUCGUAUGGUCCGAACGACGAGGACGAUGAUGCGAUCCAGAGGGAGAUGGCGCGUGAGGCGACCGACGAUGAGGAGGAAGACGAAGGGUUUGGCGGUAGCCCGGCGCCCGAGGGCCCCAAGCGGAAGGGAAAGAACGACAUGGCCGAUGACGAGUCGGAAACCUCAGGCUCGGAAGACUCGGAUGACAAAAAGGACGGCGGGCGAGCCGAGCGGGUGAAGAGCCGAUACAGACACGUGUCGCGAUUCCGCAGCGACGAGGCGACGGGCGGCUGGUGCGAGUUUACGCUCGAGUUCGACGCGAACACGCCCAAGCUCCUCAUGCUGAACGUGGUGCAGGAGGCGGUCAGGAAGACGGUCAUCCAGGAGGUCCCGGGUGUCGGCGGCUGCACGCUCGUGGACGACCACCUGCUCCGCGACGCGGACACGGGGGCGGAGAAGAAGGUCAGGGCGAUCCACACGGCGGGGUCGAACCUGAAGCAGAUGCAGCGGUACGGCGACUACAUCAACCCGAACCGGACGUCGACGAACGACAUCGCGGCGGUGCUGGACGUGUACGGCGUGGAGGCGUGCCGCAGCAGCAUCGUGCUCGAGCUGGGCAACGUCUUCGGGGGCCACGGCAUCUCGGUGGAUAACCGGCACCUGAACCUCAUCGCCGACUACAUGACGCGCGGCGGCGACUUUAGGCCCUUCAACCGCAACGGGCUCCGGGGUAAUGUGAGCCCGUUCACCAAGAUGAGCUUCGAGACGACGCUCGCCUUCCUCAAGGACGCUGUGUUGGAUGGGGAUUGGGAUGACCUCUCGACGCCGAGUGGCCGGCUCGUCAUGGGUAGGCUGGGCAAGCUGGGCACGGGUGCGUUUGACGUGUUCACCAAGUUGCCUACGCGGCAUGCCCUGUCUGCUGCGGAGUAGGUGGUGCUUGGCUCAGCGGCCAAAAAGAAAAUGAAGAAAAAAUGAAGAAAAAUGAAGAAAAAAGAAGGAAAGGAAAAGGAAAAGGAAAGGGGUUUGCAGAAUGAGAAAUUUGGCUUUCCAUGCCCCCUUACCUGGUUCUGUAUGAACAAGAACAAGAAAAGAAGAAGGGGUCUGCUUGUCUGGAUUUCUGGGAUUUUCUGAAAACACUCAUGCAUCCUCGUGCAGGCGUCUGAUCGGUGUAGAUAAUAAAUGGGAUUGAUGUUGUUGUAUGUAGUACAUACUUCGUAGCUUGCUUUUAAUUUCGGCACAUUGGCUUUGCCG